GGCAAGUCUUCUGAGAUCUGACUUCACAGUCUGGGUUGGCUUAUUGGUCAUCUUCCAUCUUGGACAAGAAUUUAUACUGAGUUCAUGCUUUUUCUUUCAUCUUUUUAACAAAGAAAAGGAAAAGGAAGCUAAGGUGGCAGCUAUUUGAAGGCUUUUAAAAGGAUUUUGGGUGUUAGGAGAAUGGCAGAGAAGGAAGUUGCAUGUUCAGAUAAUGGGAAAAUCCCUCUCUUCAUUUUCUUCAGGGAUGCAAGAUCAAUUUUCAAGCUAGAUGAGCUGGGUGUUGAAAUAGCCAGGAUUGCCCUCCCUGCAGCACUAGCUUUGACAGCUGAUCCUAUUGCAUCUCUGGUUGACACAGCUUUCAUAGGCCAAAUAGGCUCAGUUGAGCUUGCUGCUGUUGGAGUUUCUAUUGCUGUGUUCAACCAAGUAUCGAGAAUCGCAAUAUUUCCCCUUGUCAGCGUCACUACCUCUUUCGUUGCCGAGGAAGAUACUAUCAGGAAAAGCGGCUCGAUUUCACAGGACACUGAAAGUUUGGAUGUAGGAUCAAUAUCUGCAGGGAGUGAAAGUAAAAAGUUGAUACCAGAAAAUGGUUCUGAAGAGAGUGCAUUUGCAUCUGAACCGAUUGCUAACGCCUUUGAAGUGGUAGCUCCUAACAACGAAAAGCGCUACAUCCCAUCAGCCUCAUCAGCUCUGAUCAUUGGUGGCAUCCUUGGCCUAAUUCAAGCAGUGCUGUUGAUCACGGGCGCAAAGCCCGUGUUGAAAUUCAUGGGGAUCAAAUCUGGCUCACCGAUGUUAAAACCUGCACAGCAGUACUUGGCGUUGAGGUCACUUGGCGCUCCAGCGGUUCUUUUGUCUUUAGCCAUGCAGGGGGUUUUCCGAGGAUUUAAGGACACGAAAACUCCCCUUUUUGCUACUGUGGUGGGGGAUUUAACCAACAUAAUUUUGGACCCUAUAUUUAUCUUCGUUUUCCGUCUAGGCGUUCGAGGGGCAGCUAUUUCCCAUGUCAUAUCUCAGUACAUUAUUUCAAUUAUACUUUUUUGGAGAUUAACGGAGCAAGUUGAUUUAAUUCCUCCUAGUCUCAAAUACCUUCAAUUUGGCCGAUUUCUUAGAAACGGCUUUCUAUUACUGAUGAGGGUCAUAGCCGUUACGUUCUGUGUAACCUUAGCUGCAUCGUUAGCUGCCCGACUAGGAUCAACACAAAUGGCUGCGUUCCAGGUGUGCUUGCAGGUCUGGUUAGCGACGUCUCUUCUAGCUGACGGGUUGGCUGUAGCUGGACAGGCAAUACUAGCGAGUGCGUUCGCUAAGAAAGAGUUUAGUAGGGCGGCUGCAACUGCAUCCCGUGUGCUACAGCUAGGAAUAGCGCUCGGGCUGAUCCUAGCCAUGUUUCUUGGAGUUGGUUUACAUUUUGGAGCAAGACUGUUUACGAAAGACGCCAAUGUGAUCAACCUUAUUGCCGUUAGCAUCCCGUUUGUUGCAGCUUCUCAGCCAAUCAAUGCCUUGGCCUUCGUUUUCGAUGGAGUUAACUUUGGUGCAUCUGACUUUGCAUAUUCUGCCUAUUCCAUGGUUACAGUGGCGAUUUUCAGCAUUAUCUUAUUGUUCAUUCUUUCGUCGUGGUUUGGAUUUGUCGGAAUCUGGGUUGCACUAACCAUUUAUAUGGGUCUGAGAGCCCUGGCUGGGUUCUGGAGGAUAGGAACUGGAACAGGUCCAUGGAAAUUUCUUAGGAGCUGAAAAUCUCUUGCAACUCAAGAAGUGUAUUAACUUUGAAUAAAAUUCUUGAGAGAAAAAGGAUUUGAUACAGAGAGACAGCUUUAGAAAACACCUAAAACUUUGUUAGGGAGAGGCAGCAAUCUUCACUGAUGUUAAUGUAGAAUGUUUGUGUUACAGUUGGACAGGCAAAAGUUACUCAAAUGCUUUGGCAAAAUGGUAAUGCUGAAACAUAAGCAAUGUUGCAACAUGGGCUUCAAAAGUUUUGAACUUAAAAGCAGCUGUUAUUUUACCUUCAUUUUUUUCUUGUUUGGUUGCUUAGAAAUAGCCAUAUUUCAAUAGUUUUUGAAUAGAACAUGGCAUAGGCCUAAAUGGGUGAUGAUGCUGCCUACGUCGGGAACGAUGAUAUGCUAUGUGACGAUGGUACUAUAGUCGUCGCAAAGCGACACGGCUUUGACCCCGCGGUUGAUUGCUCGAGCUCUCGGAUUCGGUCCACCUUGAGGGAAUGAGGCCUUAAGCUCCAAUCUGUCCCUGAUCCCGUGGCGUGGCUCAACGGAAGCCUAACUGUCCCAAACCACUUUGCUAAGUCAGCCAAGUCAGUAUACCCAGCAACACACUCGAAUUGGACAUCGUCAUUUUCAAUGCUCGAUGCACCCAUAUGUAUUAUUAUGUUAUCAUAACAUCUAUAACGAAAUUCUUCGACA